GAGUGAUGGGCCCUGUGAGCACAAGCAAGAUCGGCCUCUGGCUGGAAAUCAGCCUGAUCCUAUUUCAUGUCGGUGUGCUGGGUGCCUGUACUGUCUCCGUGGUGCAGCCAGGUUACCUAGAGGUGGACGACACUUCUGAGACUGUCACCAUGGAGUGUACCUUUUCCACAACUGGAUGCUCUUCAAAGCAACCAAGAAGUCUGUGGUUUCGCUGUGGCACUCAUCAGCCUGAGGCUCUGUGCUUGGAUGGAUGCAGAAAUAAGGCAGACAAGUUCACAGUGAAAGAAACCCUGGACCAGAACCAAGUCUCCCUCACUGUCAACAGGGUGUCUCCAAAUGACAGUGCAAUUUACAUCUGUGGAAUAGCAUUUCCCCAUGAGCCAGCACCGAGAGCUAAGCAGACUGGAAACGGGACUACACUGGUGGUGAGAGAAAGACUUCUCGGCAGGGAGGUGCACAGUCUCCUAAUAGUGCUCUUAGCACUGUUCUCUGUCUACAUCACCGGCGUGUGUGUGAUCUUCCUAGUCCUCUUCAAAUCCAAAUCUAAGAGUCCAAGAAGUAGAGAAACCAAAGAAGACUCACAAAAGAAGAGUGCUCGGCGAAUCUUUCAGGAAAUCGCUCAAGAAUUAUACCAUAAGAGAUAUGUGGAAACAAGCCAACAGCCUGAGAGAGACUGCACUUAUGAAAACAGAGGAGCACUUCCCAACUCUGGAAGACCAUAGACGUCCUUCACUCUUUCAUUAAAUCACUGCAACUGAAACUCCAGCAUCUACUGCAGUGUGGAUGGACACAAACCAAUCAAGAACACCAAAGAGCGCUGGGGAUGUAGCUCAGUCGGCAGAGUGCUUGCCUAGCAGGCACAAAGCCCUGGGUUUGAUCUUCAUCACCCCAAAAACUCAGCAACGUGACAGGAGGCUGUAAUCCCAACAUUUUGAAGGUGGAAUAAAGAGGUCAGAGGUUCAAG